AUGGCCUCGCCACUCUUCCGAUCGCUCCUCCGCAUGCCUGCGCCUUCACGAUCUCUCCUCGCCGCUGCUCUUGCUCCCCCAGUCAUCCUACCAACCAUUGCGGCUAAACGACCAUUCACUUCCUCCUCGCCAUUCCUUGCAACAUACAACCAGGUAUUGCGCGGCGCACGGGUUGGGCAGAAAGCACGAAGGGCUACUUCGCCAGCUUUGAAGAACAAGCCCGAAUUAAAGGGAGUAUGUCUACGUGUAGGUACGACGAAACCCAAGAAGCCCAACUCGGGAGAGAGGAAAGUUGCGAGGGUCAGAUUAAGUACGGGCAUGGUCAUCACAGCAUACAUCCCUGGUGAAGGUCACAACGUGCAGCAGCAUUCUGUGGUGCUGGUGAGAGGAGGUCGAUCACAGGAUUGCCCUGGUGUGAAGUACCAUCUUGUGCGAGGUGCGAUGGAUUUGGGCGGUGUUGGUAAUCGCCUCACAAGCCGGUCCAAGUAUGGCACCAAGAAGCCCAAGGCGGCUUGA